AUGACGGACAUGGCUCUGUUUGACUGCAUUCCAAAUGAAAUAAACGAACUUUUGGUUUCGUUUUCGGGUUCUAUCCAAGGCAUAAGCGAUAUAAUAGAGUCUUACAAAGAAGCGAUGAAGACGAAUGCGAUUGAGUUACCGCCGAUGCAGCGUGUUCAGACUGAACUAUCUCUCGCAUAUGCCAUGAACGCGUUAUUUUUUGUAUACCUUCGAUGUCAUGGCGUUGAUGCUAAAGACCACCCAAUUUUGAAGGAACUGGAACGAUUAACGGCCUGCCUAAAGCGAUGUCAGAAUAUUUGUAGCAAGCAAAGUAGCGAACUCAGUCACUCCCGCUUAGACAAGGAAGCAUCUAAGCGUUUUGUCAAGCGUGCACUUUGGCAGUCGGCCCAAUCAAAGACCAGAAGAAGAAAACUUGAUAGUGACAGUUGA